AGCCUUGUUUGAAGUUAAUGAUUGCAUUUCAAUUUCUUUUCUUUAUUACUUCCAGAAUCAUCGCCUAACAAGUUUCUAUAACUAAAUCAUCAACGAAGAGCAACAUGCGUCUACCUAAUAUUCCAGCUCUCCUUCAGAUAUUCCUUCUAGUAUGGACUGGUCAAGAGGUCAAAUCUGCCAACAUCCUAAUGUCAGGUUUGGUCGGCAAAGGGAGCCAUUUUCUUUCCCUCGUUCCGAUCGGGAAAAGACUAGUACGACAGGGGCACAAUGUCACUUGCCUCAUCAUGGAUGAAUACAAAGAGAGAGCUGACGAUCCCGAGCUUAAGAAAUACUUCAACUUUGAGAUAUACAAAAACACCGAUCCUCACUACACAACGAAGGAAUACUUCCAAUUUGUCUCGGAGUUAGCCUUUAACGAAAAUGGUGGCUUGAGAAGCUUCGGCAAAAUGAUGUACUUGACGAAAGAACUUCUCCGCAAGUCUUGUCUUUUUGUCUUGGAAGAUAAGGAGAUGAUGAAACGUCUUGAGAAGAUGGAUGCCAUUGUGAGUGACGUUAGUUGGCUCUGCAGUAGUGUGAUAAAGCUCUACUUGAAGAAACACGCUAAUACUGAUAUUCGUAUCAUUUUAAACGUACCCAAUACACCAAACGCGAUGAUCUUAGACCUUGCCGGAUCUCCGGUUAAUCCGGCCUAUCAACCAAGUACGAUGUCCGGCCUCACUUCAAAUAUGACUUUUAUCGAAAGAACAAUCAACACAAUAUCUACUGCCGUUUUCCGCUCUUUUGGCAACCAAAUGGGGUCUUACUUUAUGUCAUUUGCAGAACAGUUUUGA